AUGUCCAGUAGUCGAGAGCGUUAUGAGCGAAACCGGAGCACUGAACUCGUCUCCAGCUUCUCAUGUGCUGACCUGACCCUGCUGCAGGCCCACCAUCCCCUGUCUUCACUUACCAGUGCCUCGUACUUCUCCUUUUCCCCAGCUGUGGGGUCAGGGUCUGGAAGCUCUUACACCAUCACGGGGAUGGGCCGCAUCACUGCCGUCAAGAUAGGGGAUUAUUCUAACGGACACGUCCAAGGCAUCCAGCUCCGUUAUGGGUUCACAUGGUCACCAGUUGUGGGCUACAUAGGCAACGACGUCCAUGAGAUUGAGCUGUUCGACGACGAGUUCAUCGUUCAGAUCUCCGCUCACUACAUCCAGACCCUGAUGAUCGUCACCAACAGGGGGCGCUCCCUCAUUGCUGGACAACCAUCUGGACAAACCUUCAACAUGUACGCCAUUCAUCCAAGGGCCGAGCUCCGUUUCCUGAGCGGUCGCGUCCACGGGGGCCUCACCUCCAUCGCCUCUCACUGGGCCGUGCUCAGCAUGCCCACCAAUGGCACUGCUGAUUAGCAGAAGAGAAUGAAGACCCACCUGCCCUCUACUGCACUUCCCCUCUUGAAGGAUCUUCUUGGAUACAUUAAAUUGACU